ACGUUCGUUUUAUCCUAGGUAGUAGGUACUCGAUAAAAAAUUAAAAAAAAAAAUACCUGAUAACUUGUAAUUACAAUAACGACUCAGGUACUAUAGUGCUUCUACGCUAAUAGUAUUAUAUUGUAUCACACUGUAACGCUACGACGAGAAUAUUUUUUCUUACGGCCGUUCCAGUGCAGUUUGCAACCAUCCGCCGACAUGAUCGUUUUGGCGCUGAUCGCCGCCGCCUUCAUGAACGGCGAUUGGCUGACGGUGGUGGCGCACACGCAAAAGUACUUCGACGAAGGACAUCAACAGUUGCACUACCGACCACAGCUGUCGUGCACUUCGUUUUACGAUGAAUUCAAAGUGCAAGUAUUCUGGGCCAUGGCCAUCGGAUACGGUAUAUACUUUGGCUUUUGCGGGUACUUAGAAUGGAAAUACUAUGUGAAGAAACGCGGCAAGGAGGCACAGUGGAAAUGUCAACCGAAUCGUCACCUGCCCAGACACCUGUUCUGGGAUCAGAUAAAAUGGGGCUGUAUAGGUCUGGUGGUGACGAACGCGGUGUCCGCGGCGGUAGCUACACACGUCAAGUGCGGUGGUUUCAGUAAAGUUUACAUUGCAUUCGGCCAGUAUCCGUGGUGGUGGUGGAUACUCCAGUGGCCAGUGAUAUUCUUUCAGCAGGAUUACGUGACUUAUUGGAUUCACCGGUCCUUUCAUUCAAAGUUUUUGUUCAAACACUUUCACAGCGUCCACCAUAGGUACUUUCAGCCUACUCCGUGGUCGGUGACCGCCAUACAUCCGGUGGAAUUGAUUGUCGUGCAACUGGCCAUGGUCACGCCAAUAUUUAUUUAUCCCGUGCAUUGGUUUCCGUUUUAUGCAUUGGCUCUUUACACGUACUAUCACGGAAUCGUGCAACACUCUGGAGUUGCUCUCAAGGCCCAAUGGUGGCAGCCCUGGCAACCGGAUUGCAUGUUCCACGACAACCACCAUCAGUACUGUCACGUCAAUUAUGGAUUUAAUUGUUUUAUGUGGGAUAAGAUCCACGGAUCCAUGAGAAAGAUCGAUCGUUGUUACAGCGAGCACACGGAUUCUUGGGGUUCCGGUCGACCAUUGGCGGACUUGUCAAGCAAAGAACGGUACCGAGAAAUCCAGGAGAGGAUCGCCGAAAAUCCAAUAGCUUACCGCGAACAAUUUAACCCGUACUUGUUGCAAUAACACAUCGAUGGCGACAUCUAAAAAUAAGUAAUAACUGUAAAGACUUGCACGAUUUUUGGAUAUGAUUUGAGUUGACCUCUCAUCUUUGUAUGUAUGUAUAAUGUAUUAAUGUAAAUAUAUACAGACUAGAAAAAUA